AUGGCGCAACGCAACAUCAAGAUUUGGUUUACGAACAAAUCACCCGUAAAUCAGCUCUGGUCCAGCAGUAUCAGCCAACCUCGAGAAUUAGCACCUAACACACAAGUCAGAUACAACACUACGGUGAUAGGUGAUAAUACUAUUCAGAUUGUCCUUGACGUGAAUGAUAAUCACACGGGCGUCUCUCUUCGCUACAGUUGGGACGACGACAAGUUCUCCUUGAAUCCCGAGUCGAAUGAUUUCAAAAUAAUCUUACAGUUCACGGGCUCAGUCGUGGUGCGCAGCACAUAUACCGGGGCAGAUGCCGUCCCGAAAGGCCUCGAGGUCAACUCUAUCGAUACCGAACCGCUUCCGGAAGACAUGUCAAAGGCCAGUUCUUAG